AUGUCUCCUCCUGUUUCUUGCUCCUCCAUCGCUAUCUUAGCACUGAUUUUGCUCGUUGCCGAUGCCCGGUCGUCCUUGGAUCACGAUUGUUUGUGCACCGCAUUUCAAUCCAGCUGCUGGCCAGAUCCCAGCGCCUGGGACACCUUCAACUCCUCCCUCGAUGGAAGGCUCGUCAAAGUCCUGCCUCCAGCGGCGCCCUGUCACGAGAGCCACUUCGAUGAGUUUGCAUCCGCCAAGAACAUCCGGCUAGUGAUCAAGAACACCGGGCACGACUUCUUUGGAAAGAGCACUGCGGCUGGAUCUCUCAGCAUCUGGACGCACCACAUGAAGAACAUGAGCUUCCACGACGACUUUGUCGCCAAGAGAUGCUCAGUGUCCCCGGUAUCGGCAGUGACGGUCGGAGCUGGAGUCCAGUGGGAGGAGCUCUACCAGGCGGUGUUCAAGCAAGGUAAAGUGAUCGUCGGGGCUGGGGGUGUUACUGUUGGAGCUGCCGGUGGAUAUCCACAGGCCGCUGGACACAGUCCAAUCUCUCCAGCCUUCGGCCUCGCAGCGGACAAUGUCUUGGAGUAUGAAGUAGUGACUGCUGCUGGAGAUCUCGUUGUUGCUAACGGCUGCCAAAACGAGGAUCUCUUCUGGGCUCUUCGAGGAGGCGGAGGAGGAACUUUUGGAGUCGUGGUCUCCGCUACACACCGGACUCAUCCACCGCUGACAAAUCUCGCCUUCGCUGUCUACACCAUCAAUGCCACCGACAGAUCCAGCUUCCUGGACUUGCUCACAAACUUUGCCGUGAUCCAUCCCAGUCUCUCGGAAGCUGGAUGGUCGGGAUACUUCCUACUGUCCAGCCAGAGCUUGCAACUCUCCAGGCAGACCUUGCUGGUCUUGUAUAUUCUUCCCAACAAGGACGUGUCCUUCGCAAAGUCGACGCUAGCACCGUUCCUGGACUACGUUGAGAAGCAUCCAAAGCUCCAAGGAAAUGGGAGCGUGGUCUCUCUUUCAUCGUUCCAAGAGUAUUACUCGCAAUUCCUGUGUGGAGGCCAGAAUUCCUGCGUCAACUCCAACAACUCCGCUAUUUCGGCCGCUCUCUCCUCCAGGCUGAUCCCAAAAUCCCUCUUCGACAGCCGCAAAUCCGUGGAGCAGCUGUCGGAUGCCCUGAUCUCGAUCCUGGAGCGCUACCCGGCGUCGAUCUUGGGCGCAUUCGUGGCCGGCGGAGCAGUGGCAAGGCCGCGAGAGGAGAAUGCCGUGAAUCCGGCAUGGCGCCGAGCCCUUUUGUUGGCGAUUAUCAGCAGCGGCUGGAGCGAUGGGGCGAGCCUGGAGGAGCAGCGCGAGGUUGCAAGGAAUGUGAGCGCCGCGAACAAGCUGCUCAUCGAUCUGACGCCUGGAUCGGGAACUUACAUCAACGAGGCGGAUUUCAACGAGCCGGACUGGCAGCAAUCCUUCUUCGGCGAGCACUACCCUCGCCUCCAGGCCAUCAAGAGCAAGGUGGAUCCAUCCGGCCUCUUUCGCUGCCAUCACUGCGUCGGGAGCGAGAAGUGGAGCGACGACCUCAAUUGUCCACGGUCCAGUGAAUGAUUAGGGUUCUUGUCGAUAAUAUAGAUUAUUAUGCUGUAAUGCUUUAAAACCUUUUAUAUAUUGUUUUUUAUUUGAAUAUUAA